CAUAAUAUUUUUACAAAAUUUAUCCAGAAACAUUAUUUUAUAAUUUUUUUUAGUGUUACCAGAAACAUUAUAACUAGAUCAGUUUAUUUUAUAGAUCGAUCCAUAGAAAAAUAAAGAGAAAGAGAAGAAAAAAAAGAUAAUAACGUGUUAUCAAAUCAGAAUUAGACCAAGCAUCAGGUAAAAAUGAAGGAUUCUUCGGAAAUUACAGUAAUCGGAGGCACUUCCUUUAAAAAAAUAUAAAUAGAUGGACUUUUUGUGAGAAAUCACUCCAUAAUACAUGAAACCGAAGUGUAGCACGUCAAUCUGCUUAAAAUUUCCACGGCUCUCAAUGUGUGGUAGGUUGUGAGCCUAAAUUUUAUUUCUAGAAAAGUAAAGCAGUCACACUAAUACAGUGGAAACAAGAUAACAUCUAUAGUGUAGUGCUUUGGCCAAGAACAAUGACAUUGCAAAUGGAAGUUUCAAAAUUUAAAUUGGAUCUACAUAAUCAAAUAUUGCAUCAAAAUGGAGUAAUCGAUCCUUUGUAUCGUGUUUCUCUCAACAAAUUAAAAAAAUAUCAAGUAGUUUCACUGAGAUAUGACCUAAUGUUCUCAGUUUGGCCGAUUUAUUCCCGGCAUGGCUGAUAAUUAACGUUCUCAGUGGCAUGUCUUCCAAACUGCAGAGAUUACACCGGGAAAUAGAUGCAAUCCUGAAUAGCAUCAUUCAAGAGCACAAAGAGAGGAAGUCUGUAGAGCAACUAGAGGAGGACUUGGUCGAUGCCAUGCUGAGAGUUCAAGCCGACGGUGGCCUGUCAUUUCCCCUCGCAGACGAGUACGUGAAAGCUAUUGUCCUGGUAUGCUUUCUUUGAAGCCCUAAUCUUGCAGGACAGUGGCAAUUUCAUGGAUGCCCUAUCGAGAAUCUAACUUCUGGUUUCAUUUUGCAAUGAACAUUUUAAAGGAUCUACUUGGUGGGGGCAGCGAGAUAUCCGCAACAAUACUGGAGUGGGCCAUGUCGGAGCUGAUGAGGAAUCCAAGAGUGAUGAGGAGGGUGCAAGAGGAGGUGAGGGAGACUGUCGGAGAAAAGGGAAAGGUGACAGAGGAAGACAUCGACGGAAUGAACUACAUGAGACUGAUAAUCAAGGAGACUCUAAGGCUGCACCCUCCGAUUCCUUUGCUGCUCCCCCGAGAGUGCCGGGAGGCGAGCGAGGUUCUUGGUUACCAGAUACCAGAGAAGACGAGAGUGUUAGUGAACAUUUGGGCCUUAGGAAGGGAUCCUCGAUACUGGGACAAUGCCACUGAGUUCGAGCCAGAGAGAUUCAAAGGGAGGAACUCGAUGGUCGACUUCAAGGGAACCAACUUUGAGUUCCUACCUUUCGGGGCAGGAAAGAGGAUGUGCCCAGGGAUGUCAUUUGGGCUGGCGAGCUUAGAGACUUCCCUUGCCUCUCUUAUCUACCACUUCGAUUGGGAGCUCCCAACAGGAGAUGAACAAAAGCCUAUCGAGUUGGACAUGAGCGAGACCUUAUUAUUGACAUGCCGGAGAAGGUCAGAGCUUUGUCUGCGUGCUAUCCCUCGGAUUCCUUUGUAACCCCACCACAUCCUCAUCGUAGCACCAUAUUUACAUGAUUGUGUUUCAUAUAGUGGUGCUAAUAAAAUCCAUGGCUUUGGUUUCUUAAAAGAACUAAAUAAUAUAUCCACAGAAAAAUGUUCAAAUAAAGCUUAGCUGGUGUCCUAACUCAAAUCCCAUCUUCAUCAUUUACUAUUUGCAAUAAUAAUAAUAAUAAUAAUAAUAAUAAUAAUAAUAAUAAUAAUAAUAAUAAUAAUAAUAAUAAAACAACAUGAUAAAUUUUAAUAAAACCCCAAAUUUGACAUGGCAUUAUGUCUUUAGACCUAAUUAAAAGAUAACCUAAAUCCAGAUAGACCCGAGUAUAUAAAAAAAAAAACUCAACUCUUUAUAAUCCCUACUUGAUAUUAAGAACGAUAAGUAGACAUGGAUAUCUAAUUUUAUACCAAGACAUUUGAUCCAUUAUCAUCGUCAGCGAUAAUCUAAAAGCAUUAUUUUGAGUAUGAAUCGAAGAAAAUAUGAUAAAUAUCCAAUCCAUUUUUGCUUCAAACCAUGGAAUUGGAUAAGAUAUGAUACACAAGAUAUUAUAAGAAUUAUUGUUAAAAUAUAAAACAUAAAAUAUGUAAAUCUAUGGUCAUUAUAUAUGUAAACUAAAAGAAGAAUUUCAUGGUCAGCUUAGUUGCAUAAACUCCAUCAUAAACAAUUCAUUAUAUACCAACACUAAGUCGCAAUUGAAUCAAAUUAAGAUUACAUGCUAGACCAAAUGCAAAUGAAAAUACUUUGAUUCUCGUUCUUCUUCCCAUUUCUUGAUUUCAUAUGCUGAUAAAAAUUCUCCAUGAAUCGAAAUCAUUCAGAACUAAGAGAAUAUUGUUUCCAAAAGAACAUUGUUCUAAGAGUGUUUAUAUUUGGUUUUACUAAUGUCCAAAGGCAUCUACAUAUAUAUUAAUCAACUAAAUAAAAAGACCAGUAGAGUUAUCGAUUUGUAUUAUUCAGUUUUGUGGAGUUUCAAAUC